AUGGUGGCAACGGGGCUGAGGAGGAAGAAGGGGGGCCUUCCGGCGAAGAAAGCAACCUUCAAGUUCACUGUGGACUGCCAACAGCCUGCAGAAGAUACCAUUAUCGAGCCCAAGGACUUCGAGAAGUUUCUGACGAACAGAAUCAAGGUAGAUGGGAAAACCGGCAAUCUUGGCGAGAAGGUCAGCAUCCGCAGGGAAAAGGCGAAGGUCCACGUCACAGCGGAGGCCCCGUUCUCAAAGCGGUACUUGAAAUACUUGGGCAAGAAGUAUCUCAAGUCGCAACAGCUGCGCGACUUCCUGCGUAUCGUGGCCCCGUCAAGAACCAGCUAUGAGAUGCGAUACUUCAACAUCAAUGAUGAAAAGAAUGAGGAGGACUAG